UUCAGGAAAUGGGAGUGGAACUGGCUUCUCCUGAAUCAGUAGCGCAACAUUUCCAGCAACAGCUCUCCAAAUCAGGAAGACGCAGCGAGAGCGCAUUAUAAGCUGCGCGCCGCAGCUGGCGGAAUAAGUGGAUUAAGCGUCUCAUCAUGGAGUUAAAAAGCCGCGACAUGUUGUCUUUCCUCCUCCUUCUGCUCGGACACACUGUGGCUGCGGUCGCUCUGCCUGACUUAAAUCUUGAGUGUACCAACGACUUUAUCGAUCGGAUGUUUUGCCAACUGGAGCGACCAAACUGCUCUGAAUACAAUCUGACUGUACAGAGUAACAGCGACGAUGAUGAUAAGGAACAUUGCGCUUUCCAGCAGUGUGACAGCCGACAGUGUUGCUGCUCUGUUAAACUCAUGCUUAUCUAUGGGGAGAGUCACACAGCAACAGUCUGGAAAGGAGGCCACAUCUUGGAGUCGAAAAUCAUCAGUGUCGCACAGAGCAUUAAGCCCAAAGCUCCAGAAAUUGUCUCAGUGGAUGAAUCAAAUGGGAAUGUUGAGGUCAUGUGGAAGACAGACUAUGAGGGCGUGUUCACAGAGAGUCUGACUGCUGAAGUGACAUACUAUGAAAAAGACAGCACAGAAAAGAGACCAGAAACUGUCAGAACAGCGACUCGCAAUGGACUGGAUUUCUAUCAAAUACCUCGUGGGCUCCUGAAACCAAAUACAGCAUAUAUGGUCAGAGUGAGAACCUUCACAAACUGGAGUGACAUGUUCAGUGACAGCAGCAGAGAGUGGGAAUUCAAAACUAGUGCUGUCUCUACUUCCCGGAAUUCUCUGCUCUUGGCCAUCAUCAUCUCCCUCAGUGUCGCUGCAGUCAUCCUCACUGCUGCUAUAUAUGGCUGUUAUGUAAGGGUGAAAACCAAAUGGUGGGACACAUUUGUAGAAUAUCCAGAUCCAGACCUUCUUAAUUUUAACAAGCAAGAGGUGUUUCAGUUCUUGAAGCCGGAGCCUCCCAUCAUCUCCUCCGUCUCCGUUGAGCCUCUUAUUUCAGACGACAGCGAGUCGUGGUCGAAGAUUCCACAAACAGACACCAGCAGUGGGAGCUUUCAACCAAGCAGUGGAAUCAGCACGGGGUCCUCAUGUCUCAGUUAUGCUAACACAGAACGUGAUGACAUCAUAGCCCGUGUUAAGGAAGCCCUUUGCGGAGACAUCCCUGGUAUCAGCCUCAUAUCACCGUUGACCACCAGUCCACUUGCAGACUUAAACAAAGACAGUGGUUUAAUCUCCUCUCCUAUUAGCCCAUGUGGUGCUGACGGCAAUAGUUCUGGAUUAUCUUGCUUUGACAAUAAAACCUAUUCCAUCGUCAAUCCAUGUCAGAUUAUGCUGGAAAGCUCUGCUGUCCAGAAGCAGGAUGAAAUACCUUGUGACUCUGGAUACCAUUCCAGUGAGAACAACAUGGUAAACUGUCCUGACCAACAGGUGUCAGGCAGUCUGCUUCCUUGGCAACAGGAUGUUAUUUUACCACCUGUGGUUUCAUCUCUGGUGCCAACAGACAUGUCAUAUCAACCGUGCAAUGCAGAUUCUCGGAGUUUUUCAAAUGCAGAAGACUCUAGCUUGUGCUCCGUCUCUAGUGGCAUCAACACAACCACCUCUUGUGAUGUUCUGUCCAGAGCUGAGGCUAGAAACCAGGGCUCUGAUAAGGCGGUCAGGGGUCUGACAAAUGGCAAGAGUGAAGAGGCCUCAAUAUGUGACAAAAAUCCCUUCACCUGUGUGCCGGCAGAAUCACACAGUUUUCUUGCAGUGGAUGAUGACUACCAGGCAUUUCCAAAUCUCGUGGGGCAACCUGAUGCUUUGUUUUCCAGGCAAAGAACCACUGAGCAGGAAGAGUCACUCACUGACAUCCCAAAAAUCUUGUCAAGCACCGUUGCACCAGGUUUCAAGAACAAUGGCCAGAGUGGCCAACAUCUCUCUGAGCUCCAAACACCUUUUCUCUCCCUGAUGUCUGCUGGACAGUCUGUGCCCGUAAUGACAGACAGCAGCUAUCAGUGUGUGUAAUUUGAUGGCCUUGACUUGGGUUCCACAGUUUGUACUGGAACAACAAGAAAACAGUGUGACUUCAAGGACCACCGGACGUAUUGACCAUCUGACAAGAUGUAAACUGCGUGUUUGCCAUGUUGUCAUGCUAAUGUAUAAUUUAAGGAAUAAUGGAUCUUGAGCUGACUUUAUCAAAUGCUGUUGUAAAUAUUUUUUAUGUUCUUGUUUUCAUUUUCAUUAAUGGCUCAGCUUUCCAUCUUAAUAACAUUUGAUUUGUGAAUACUUUGUUGAUAUGUGCAAUGCUAGAUUACAAAGUCUGUUUUAAUCUGAAAUAUUUCUGAAGUUUCUACAGAAGAACAUUCACUGAUCAGAAAGGACCUGUUUUGAGACAUAACGGUUUAAAUAUGUGCAGACUACACAUGCCUGGGCAAAGCAGCUGCUGCUAUUUCCCACAUGUGCUAUUAAACAUGAUUCAUUUGUUUUUCAAAUUUAGUUCUACAUAACAAAUGGGAAAUGCAAGAAUCAUACUGGAUGAAAUCUGUCUUAAACGUCUAAAUUUGAGUUUGUUCAUGUUACAGACUAAAGAGUCAUUUAGAUUCGGUUGCACCAAGAAGGAUUAUGUUAAUCUAAGAGUUUAGCAAAACUAGAUUUAAAAUGAAUGAAUCCAGAUUUAAUAAAAAAAAAAGCAGAUGGUAAAUUGGAUUUAAAGUUUUGGUGUCACAGAAUUAAAUAUCUGGAUUUAGGGGUAAAAGUAAAUCAAGGUUAAAUACAGGUUUAAAUGCAAUUUUUUUUUGAUUUUCAGUUUGUUUCAAAGUUUUCUGUAACAUAUUUUCAAGGAAAACAUCGUUUUAAUUAGGUUUAAAAAUGAAUAACUAAAGAAUUAAACCUCUCUAAACUUGAUUUGACCAGGCCAGCCUUUACAAGCAAAAAAUGUAUUUAGCUAAUCUUUUCAGAACCAUUUAAGCAGAAACUGUAGCUGACUGAAUUCUGUGACUAAAACAAACCUCAACUGUCUGCUGCCAUGCAGAGCUGCAGCUGUUCAGGCUUGUGAAACUACUUCCUCAUUACUCUUCUCUGGAACUCUGGAGCAAUUUCCACAGAAACACGUCACCCUCAUCCAGCAUGAUAUACUCUACACCUUCUGGUGGCACGUGACGCAAGUGUUACAAGAAAUAUACAUUUUCUUUACAGGAAAUAGUUCAUUAAAAGCUGUACAUACGGUGUAUUACUCGGAGUUGUGUUUGCUUCAAUUGUAGAGUUUUUCUUGCUGAAUUUUCCAUUUAUUUCAGAUGUAUUCACAAGCAAAAAUGUCCUAAUUUGGUGUAUGUUCUGUUGAAUCUCGCUAUUAAGUAAGGACAUAAUUUGGGCAUGACCUGUCCUGGGUGUCCCCUGCCUUCGCCCGAGUCAGCUGGGAUAGGCUCCAGCACCCCCCGCGACCCUAGCGAGGAUAAAGCGGUGUAUAGAGGAUGGAUGGAUAAUUUGGGCAUGAAUAUUUCAAGAGAAUAAAAAUAACAUGUAACAGUUUAGAUAUUCAUGAAACCACAACGUUGUCAUUUAUAAGAUAAUAAUUACAUCACUUUCUGUACAUUUUAUUUAUUUAAAUGCAACACAAUAUGCAAUUCAGUGUAGUAGAUGUAUAUUUUAUAAUUCAGAUUCUCAUAUAUGCAUAGUUUUAACAUGAGACUGACCUACUACAGCCAUUCAGGAAAGAUACUUCAAACUAAGGUCAACUUUCUGUUUCACUUGCCUGAAAGACAGAAAUGAGUCCGGUGAAACCAAGCAAGCUUGAAUUACCUUCAAUAAAACACACUUUGACACAUUAA